AUGAGUCAUCGUUUAUUAAGACAUGGUUCAGAAUUAGAAGAUUCUAUAGCUGAUGCUUUGAGAGCACCAGGUAGAAAGGCGUAUAAUUAUGAUUCUGAUGAUGGUGCUAGUGAUGUUAGUAGUGUUUGUUCUGAACGAUCCUUUACAUCUUAUAGUGGUAGAACAUCAGAGGAUAUGCAGGAGAUAUUAGCAUGUAUGGCCAGUGGGUCCUAUACUGAAAGAAAAGAUGGUUUAAUUUCAUUACAGCUAGUUUUACGCUCUCAGAGAUAUUUAAGUCGUACAGAAUUAAAGAAAGUAACAGAAAUAUUUACUAGAAUGUUCCAUGAUCCACACAGUAAAGUUUUUAGUAUAUUUAUGGAUACAUUAGUUUAUUUAAUUAAUUUACAUAAUGGAGAUCUACAUGAUUGGUUAUAUGUGUUGUUAUCUCGUUUACUUAUUAAAUCAGGUUCUGAGCUAUUAGGUUCUGUUAGUGCUAGAUUACAGAAAGCUUUAGAUGCUGUUAGGUUUAAUUUUCCAUAUAUCAAUCAGUUUAACUGUAUGUGCAAGUUUUUAUCUGAACAGUUUGCUAAUCAGUCCCCUACAUUAAAGAUAAAAAUCUCAAUGUUAAACUAUAUCUUACAACUAGCCAAUCAGAUGGAUUCCUCAGCUCUAGUUAAUUCUACUGAAGCUCGUGUUGCUGUGUCUAAAUUAAUCAGUUUCUCUACAGAACAUAAUAUAGAAGUUAGAAAGUUGACUCAAUCAGUUAUUAUUGCAUUAUUUGAUUGUAAUUCUGCUGAAUUCUCCAAUAUUUUAUCACGUUUACCAAAAACAUUCCAGGAUGGUGCCACUAAAUUAUUACAGAAUCAGUUCCGUCAUACGAGUAAUGGUGGAACAUCUGAUGUUUUAUCCCAGAGAAAUGUUGCUAGUCUCCCCCAUAAUACUUACCAACAACGCAGUCGACCUCCAUCAAGGUCUAGUCUUGGACAUCCUGACGAUAAUGAAACAGAGAAUUUAAAUCCUGAAGAUAUUUAUAACUCUAUCAAGAAAACAACCGCAGACAUCCACAACCUUAGUAUCAAUAGUAAAUUAGACCAUUAUGAUGACAUCAAGAAGAAACGUGAAUUUACAUCUCAAGACAGUGGAAUACAAGACUUACGUAAUGAUAGUCCCGAUGGUGUCGAUGGAAAACGAACUCAUUACAACCCCACACACUAUACUGAGAAUAUAUUAAAUGGUAGACAAUUAAAAGCUGAAACAGUUUUUGAUGCUGAUGAGCUGUUUAACGAGACUAUGUUACAUAACCAUGGUGAUUUAAUAAUAGAUAUACUCACAGAAUUAUCCAAUCAUAAUACAAGGUUUGUUGAGCGUAAGAAUGCUAUGUAUUCACUGACACAACUUACUAGACGUGGUGAUUUUAAACAUUGGGAUGAACAUUUUAAAAAUAUUUUAUUAAUUUUAUUAGAAACACUGGGUGAUGAUGAUGCAAUGAUUAGAUCAUUUUCUUUACGAGUUUUACAAGAAAUAUUAAAGAAAGAGUCUGGUAGAUUUAGUGAAUAUGCUGAAUUAACUAUAUUCCGUAUCUUAGAGGCACAGAAAGACAGUGCUAAGGAGGUUUUCAAGGCAGCUGAAGAAUGUGCUUUAACAAUGGCUAAAUUCAUGCCAACAGAACAAACCCUGAAGAUAUUAAAAUCUAUCAUAGAAUCAGCCAAAUGUCCUGUAAAUAUGGCCGCAAUCAAAAUGCAAGCAAAGGUGAUGGAACAUAUUGAUAAAGGUGUAUUAUUAAAGAAUUUAGAAUGUGUAACACCAGGUUUAUUGAAGGCAUGUGAAGAUAAUGAUAGUCAUGUACGUAAAGCCGCUAUAUUUGCCUUGGUAGCUUGUUAUUAUAAUGUAGGGGAAGAUAUACGCCCUCAUUUACUCUCACUCUCCAGUAGUAAGAUGAAGUUAUUGAAUCUCUAUAUUAAACGUAAUCAAUCGCAGAAAGAUGGAGCACGGAGCCUGGCCUCACCUAACUUCAGUGAUACGUGA